CCCGCCUUUGCUUCGUAUUUCGGCAGCUUUCGACGGUACUUUUUUCUUUUUCGUCUCAGAGGUUUUAUGCAACGACGCUUAGGCUCUGGCAAGGCUCUGGCACGCAUCUCCCCUCCCAAUCACCGCCGAUUGACGGGCAUGGGCCCAGAUUCUAGUAAACACACUAACAGGUGGAAUCAAAGGGUGCUAGGCGUCACCAAUAGAAUAUGGGCCAUCAUCCUCGGAUUCGUCCUACUGAUCGCGCUAUCGCGGUUUAUACUCUUCUCAAACCAUACCAGCGCUGGGUCAUUUACAACAGAAGGCCUCGUACCAAAGAAUUAUUUGCAUGGGGCCAACAACCCUAUCGACAAUUCAUCCGAGGUUGCAAAUCCGUUUGACUUUUGCCCUGUGUUUGGGCCCAAGGAUGAUAUUGCGAAUAAGUAUGGGGUGGUUCCGUUGUCGCAGAGUCGGUUGCAUUUGGGGAGUGGGGGGAGGGUGCACCGGGUUAUUCACAAAGCACUUUUGGGUCAGCCUGUGACUAUCAGCGUGCUUGGCGGUUCUAUAUCUGCAUGUCAUGCAGCAGGAGAUGAUCCAUUGUCUUCCACCUGCUAUCCUUCACGCUUUUUCCAGUGGUGGUCGAGUGUUUUCCCUCACCCGGCAUCAGAGCUUACCAACGGUGCUAUGAGGCGAACAAACUCAGGGUACUUUGGAUUUUGUAGCUCGCAUCAUAUCCCAGAGAACACCGACUUGGUGAUACUCGAAUUUGACGUCGACGAUGAAGGCAACCAGCGUGCGAUGGAGCAUUUCGAGUUGAUGGUUCGCUCAAUAUUGGACCGCCCUGAUCAACCUGCAGUCGUCAUUCUAGGGCAUUUUAGUGCACAAACACACCAGGUAUAUGGAUUUGCAGGACCUGACCAUUGGCACAAUAUCGUCGCACAAUUCUAUGACGUACCGCAUAUCAGCGUCAAACCCAUACUAUAUCCGUCUUACAUGGCAAACCCCGACCUCAUUAAGCCUUACUUUGCGGACCCCAUUCUUGCAAAUCCGGCAGGUCAUGAACUUAUAACCGACGUUCUCGUAUCGUACUUCCAAUCUCAGAUAUGUGCCGCGUGGUCAACGGCGCGUGGCCAGUCGUACGAGACCAUUCCUAUCAUGAUGUCACAUGGUUACCUCCAGGCGCAAGGAAAGGUGCUGCGGGUGCCUGAACCACCACGCCCAGUAGAUGACGGUGCAGAAGCCGAGAAGAAAACACGCACUAACUCUUGCCCAAGCAGAGUCGCCCCAUUUUGUGCGUCUGCUAAUGACCUCGUGAACCCUGUACCUCCGUCGCUUUUCUACGGGUCUGGCUGGGCAGCGGCGCAUCCUCCGGCAGGCUCGCUGCCUACGAGCAGAUUGCGCGUACCUAUCAAAGUAGGCGCUGGAGACGUCGGGAUUUAUUUCUUGAAGGAGCCUAUGAGCCGGAUUGGGGAAGGAAGUGAGAUUGAAUGUUGGGUGGAUGAUAAUUUCAGAGGUGCGGUGAUUAUAGGAAAUGCAGGACAUGUCAGAGGGGGCGCCGACGUGAGUGUCUUUCUUAUGAUGAUUGAUCAAUUUGUCACGAGAGGAUCGCACUUCAUCGAGUGCGUGCUACUUGGAGACGAAGGACAAAGUGUUCCUCCUUUCAAAAUCAUUGGCGUAUUCGCAACUUAGGACAUCAUCAAAAAUGAGGGAUAAAAAUGGACAUACCUGUGGACGCUAAUGCUGAUAUCGCCAGGUGGUAGCUAUCAGUAGUGAUCUAUCAUUGUAAACCUCAAGGUGGUUGUACUAUUGAACACUGACAAUCCGGCUGAUGAACUUUCUUUUUAUAAUAUAAC